AUGCGCUUCGACCGACAGUGGACGACGUCGUGGCCGUCGUCACCGAGUUGCGCACCGUCGGCGACCUCUUCGCCAGCUUUCACGCCAUCUGUAUGGUGGAGGAGUUUGAGCGGCGGAAGCAGGCUGGCCGGGCGGAUGCGGAUGCGGCCCUGCAACCACUCGACCGGAUACUUUUCGCCAGAUGCAUGA